UCUGAUUUUCGACAAUUCAUCUCGAGUUGCACCAUCCACCCAUAAUAAUAACCUUCACCCCCUUCACCUCUCGAGCUGCCAGUACACUCUCUGCCUCUAUUCCGACCUUUCUACAGCUACAGUUACCGCCACUGCAACCGCAUCUAUGGCCAUCAUGGAUAGAAACGCUCCACAACAAUCGGUGUACCCCCGUAGCCAUGUUGGUUUCGACAGUAUCACAACCCAGAUUGAGCGCAAGCUCCUGAAGCGCGGGUUCCAGUUCAACGUUAUCUGUGUUGGUGAGUGCUUCAGUUCCAGACUCUAACUCUGCGGCCAAUUGCGCAUAUUGCAUAUCUGAUCGUCUCUGCUCCAGGACAAACCGGUCUUGGAAAGUCAACACUUAUCAACACCAUCUUUGCUUCCCACUUGAUUGACUCGAAAGGAAGACUCGAACCCAAUGAGCCUGUACGAUCCACCACCGAGAUCCAGACUGUUUCGCACGUUAUCGAGGAGAACGGAGUCCGUCUACGACUAAACAUCGUUGACACCCCAGGAUAUGGUGAUCAAGUCAACAACGAUAGAUGCUGGGAUCCAAUCGUGAAAUAUAUCAAGGACCAGCACUCGGCCUACCUCCGAAAGGAGCUCACCGCCCAGAGAGAGAGAUACAUUCAAGAUACCCGAAUCCACUGCUGCUUGUUCUUCAUUCAGCCUUCUGGUCAUGCGCUGAAGCCAAUUGAUAUUGUUGUGUUGAAGAAACUUUCCGAUGUGGUCAACGUCGUACCAGUUAUUGCCAAGUCCGAUUCGUUGACCCUCGAGGAGCGAAGUGCAUUCAAGGAGCGCAUAAAGGAGGAGUUCGCGUUCCACAACUUGAAGAUGUUCCCAUACGAUAACGAUGAGUUCGAUGAGGAGGAGCGAGCUUUGAACGCACAAAUAAAGGUCAGUACAUCCAAAUGCUGCAACAAAUAACAAAACACUAACUUUCUACAGAACAUUAUUCCAUUCGCUGUUGUAGGAUCAGAAAAGUCAAUUAUUGUUGGAGGCAAGCAAGUCCGUGGACGACAAAACCGAUGGGGUGUUAUCAACGUCGAGGAUGAGAACCACUGCGAAUUUGUAUACCUCCGAAACUUCCUUACCCGAACUCAUCUUCAAGAUUUGAUCGAAACCACUUCUCAAAUCCAUUACGAGACUUUCCGUGCCAAGCAACUUCUUGCACUUAAGGAGAGUAGUGCAGCCGGAGGUGGUCACAACGCUGGUAGCCGACCUAUCAGCCCGGCAGCCGAUCGAGAAUUGAGCAGAAACUCUCAAAGAAAUACCAUGAACGGUUACUAAACUGGGAGUUUUUGGUUAUGGGUGUUUGUGGUGGAUGGAGUUGUGUAUGACGGCAAGCGGUCAUCUGUGUAAAAGCGUCUCACGGGAUUUCCUUGAGCAGGCCAAGGUAGAGAGCAUCAAUGGCCGCCUCGAUACUGGCUCUACUUUCUUCUUUGCGAAUUCUCCAUAUUUCUUCUUUUGCCUAAUUAGC